GCCAAAGUCACGUGAUUUCAGCAGUUUGGCGGUUUGACACACGAUCCGAAUCAUGAUUCGACACAAAAGAUUCAUAACGCUCCAAAGCUUCCUGAAGUUGAACUAACCCACUAACCCUUAAAGCUUUGAAUGACACCUAAUUUAUAAUCAUUUACUGUAAAGCAAAUGUACUGAACUAAUGUUGUAUUUAAAUAAAAAAAUAUGUUCUACAUAAUCAUUUGGACUAGAAAAUCAAAGUUGUAUUGUGUUCCAAAUUUGAAGUUGACAUCACAAAAAUUGAGCUACUAAAAGGUUUUAAUACUGUUUCAAAGGUAACGCAAUGUCCAAUUUUUUCACAGGAUAAAUUUAGAGUGUUUAAAGGGAUACAGUAGUUCACCCAAAAAUGAAAAUUAUUCCAUGAUAUACUCACCCUCAAGCCUUCCUAGGUUUAUAUGACUCCAGGGGCUUAAUAAAGGCCUUUUGUAGCGAAUUCGUACGUUUUUGUAAAAAAAAUAUCCACAUUUAAAACUUAAUAAAUUAAAAUAAGGAGCUUCCGGCGCAACAGCCAUACGUAUUCGACGUACGUCCAAAAAGUGUUAACUUCCGCGAUGUAGUACACAAUGACAUGACGUUCUACGAGUAAACCUUGGACGACUAUAUUUUUAAAUAUAUCUCUGAUUGUGUUCGUAUGAAAGAAGAUAGUCAUAUACACCUAUAGGAUGGCGUGAGGGUGAGUAAAGCUUGAGAUCAUUUUUAUUUUUGGGUGAACUAUCCCUUUAAGCUUACAAAUGAUACCUAAUUUAAGAUAAUUACUCAAAUAUAUGAUCUCUCUCUUUCUCUCUAACUAUCUAUCUAUUGAUCCAUCUAUCUAGCUCAACAUGUUUAUUGUAUGUUUUAUGGCCACUGUAGGCUAAUAUUCUUCUUGUUUUCUACAGAAGAAAGAAAGCCAUAGAGGUUUGGAGUGACAUGAGGGCGAAUAAAUGAUGACAAAAUUGUCAUUUUUGGCUGAACUAUCCCUUUCAAGUAGUUUUGUAGGUUUGAGGGCAUCUGGCGGCUGCUAAUCAGAGAUGUCAGACUUUGCAGCAAUCCCCAUCAUCAAACGCUCGCUGCAUUUCUCAGCUGUAGAAACCACAUCCAAGACGGGUUGCCAUGGUGUAAGUCUCUUUAGCGAUGCUCUGCUGACGUGGAAACACGCCGACGGCAUUGCUUAGUUUUGAAGUUCUAACGAAAAGGCAUUUUAACUAGAAAGCUUGUUAUGGACACCAGUAGCUUUAUUGUUUAGACUUUUCCUUUCAGCGUCAGUUUUUAACUCUCAAACUAAGACUUUUCUCCUGUUUUCAGCUGAUUCACAUCUCACAGCCUUUCUCAGCAGUUUCACAACCCACAAAAAAGGCACCAAAAUUCAAUCCCAGGUGCCUUUGAGCUCAACCUGUGAAUUAAUCAGUAGUUUGAUGCAUCCAUUAUAAAUGACUUGAUUGAAGCAACUAAAGCAUAAUUGCAUGAUAAUUGGGGCUUGAGGAGGAGGAGGAGAAGCUCUUCAGACCGUUUCCUCUGAAGUCUGACUGUGUGAGGUCACUUCCUGUGUUGGGGAUGCCAGCGGUCUAUAUAAACCCUGAGAACUGACCGUCUGUCAGUCAAGCAUCUGCAGACAGCAGGAGAACAGACGGCCGCCUCACUGUCCAAGAGAGAGACGAUUUCAUGUUUUUGCUCUUCAGCUCAAGGAGUUUAUGAGUUUGCAGAUGAUGUUGAAGACGCAAAGAUCUCAGCAGCGCGUCGCUUUCAUGAUACUGAUGGUGGUUGCAGCCGUACAGUGUCAGGAGAAUGAGAGCAGACGGGCGGUCACAGAGCAUCAGUUGAUGCAUGAUCGCGGUCGCUCCAUUCAGAGUCUGAAGAGACUGAUCUGGCUGUCCAGUGCGAUCGAGGGGCUUCACACCGCACAGACCCGCACACUGACCACCGACGAGCCGGACAGCAGGUGGCGCUUUCGCGGUCCUCAGCCCGGUAGAGACAGCAGCAGCCACAAGAGGGCGCUAGAGACGCUGUUGAGCGACAUGUACAGACCUCACCUCACUUCUGGACUGGACGGAGAGAAAUAGCGCCAUACGAGCACCAUUCUGAUUCCCCGGGAAAACUAACCAAUGACAGUCCGACCACGUCUAUAAUGAGACUGACUGGCGAAACGCUGAUGAACAAAACUAGAUUGCUGCCUUUAUAAUCAACAAAAUUGGAUAGUUAUUGAUUAGAAUGUAAGCGAUCUAGUUUUGGCGCGUUUCUCCCUCUGCGCAGACGCAGAGCGGCUCAUCCGUGAUCUUCACCUGUAUAAAUCUGUCAUGUAUUCAAGAAAUAUAGAAUCAGUUUAGAAUAUUUCUUUGAAAUACACCACGUGCAAUCGCAUUACCAUGGUCUUCACUAAUCACCUACACGUCCAAAAAUAUAUGUAUAAAAAAUAUCACGCUGUUUUUGUUUUGUAAGUGUUGAUUUAUUUAUGAGCAGAGGAUGUGUUGGAUGGGUUUCAAAUCAUUCUUGAUAUAUAUGGAUGGCUAUAAACAGAUCGUAUUUUUGAUUUAUUAUGUAUGUGUGUGAUUAAAGAUGCUUUUAAGUAAA